AUGAGCUAUGAGCUUCCCUCAAAUGGGCAUUGGGGAUGUUAUGACAGCCGCCACUACUGUAUGGACCGUCUACAAGAGUGUCAGGAUGGUCCGGCAAGUGCUGCUGCUGACUUCAACUCAUUUCGUCAUGAGUUCGGUUCCAUUAAAGAACUGCUGAAGCAGAUUCAGCAGACCAAAAAGCCGACCAUCAAGGGCGAACGAGACUUGGGAAUCUUCUACAUUCAGACAAUCGACGAAUGCGCCGAGUUCGUUCACAAGCAUCGCCAACUAACGCAGAAUGAAAACACGUCAAAUGGUCGUCGCAACAGCUUCGGUGCCAAAGUAUCCAAUUUCUGUGAGAAAGUCACCUGGCCUUUAGAGUGA